AUGGCUGACGACGCUUCAGUUCAGUUGCUUGACAUUCAAAGAAUUUACAUCUGCACCCAUAGCAGACACAUCCGAACUAAGAUGAGGCUCUCUGGAGUGCUCACUCUGACUUGCUGCAUCGCGGCACUUAUCUUGUCCUUCCUCUGCCUCUUCGCUGGCAGCAGGCGCUCCGUUCUGCAAAAUGGCGACUUAUUAACGCUCAAUACGUCGCGCCUUGGCUACCUGGGCGAGUCCUUCAAUACCUCAGACGGCGACGGUGGCCUCCUCGACAGCCUUCUCAACAACGCUCAGGGCGAGUUGAACGACCUGAUCAAUGACGCAACCACAGACAUUGCCUCAGCCCUCAAUAUUUCAGACUACUAUUCGGUACAUCUCAUGAAUUACUGUGAAGGCAUGUACGAGCCGAACGGGACAGUAGCAGCCGAGAAUGGUACAGAAGUCGACAAGAACACAACCUACUGUUCCCCUCGCAAUGCACUCUUCCACUUCAACGUCACGGACAUCGUGGCAUCGGUUCUACCUGAUGAGAUAGACCUUUCCGACCUCAACUGGCCCGAUGCCAUCACGGACGCACAAAACACGAUCCGUACCGCCAGCAUAGCGACCGUCGUUCUCUAUAUCAUCGGCAUCGUUUUCACCGGGCUAGCAUUGUUCGGUGCACUCUUCAGCAUCUUUACGGACGGUAGACUGAGUGCCUGUCUCAACAUCCUACUCGAUUUUAUUGCCUUCCUUGCACUUACGACGGGGAGUGUCUUGGCAACGGUCGUGAUUGUCAAGGCUGUCAACGCAUUCAACAACUAUGGCGAAGAUAUUGGCAUCUCGGCCACGAAGGGCAAGGUGUUUCUCGGAAUGACUUGGGCGGCCGCCGGACUCAUGUUUGUCGCUACUGUUGUCUCAAUCGUGCAGCUUGUUAUUGGUCGGAAGAGCAGCGGUGGUUAUAUCAGUCACACGAGAGAAAAGGGAUUCAGCAAGUAA